AUGGCGUUGUCUUUAUUUUUCUUCGCAUUAAUGUUGGUUCCUUGCUUCCUCAGAUCUGAUGCUUUGGUGGGGGGAAUAGAGGAACGGAAGACUGAUGAUCCUGAAGUUCUAGAUGCGCUGGAUUUUGCCAUGAAUGAAUUCAACGCUAUGCAAAACAACAUGUAUCGAUUAAUGGCGACCAAAGUGGAAGACGCAACCUUUCAAGUAAGCCUGUAAAUUGAGGAUUUUUUUGCAACCUUCUCUGGUUUGAAUUAUGCGUUAACCCUAGUUAAGGUUUUUGUAAACUGCUGCCCUAACUUUGAUCGAAGUGCAAGUCAAAGCUAAUGUUUCUUACAGUGUAUAUCCUCUGGUUUGUAAUGAAACCGAAAUGAAACAAUACUCCUUUAGGUGGGCAUGAACCGGAAAAUCCAUGCAUGUAUGUUAUGUAUGUUAUGUCUACUAGAAAUACGUUAUCCCAAAAAUCUCGCGAAGCUAAAAGGGGCAGCAGUGAGAAUAACCGGAAACAAGCCAGAGGGAAAAAAUACGAUGAAAGAAAGAAACAUAGACAAAAACCAAAAAAAAAAAAAAAAAAAAAAUUCAAUCCUUGACCUUUGUUUUAAUUCAUGCAAAAAGUAAAACACGAUUUUCACUUGGCAAACCGAGACAUUUGAAGGGAAACAAAGGAAACUGAGAAUCGAUUAUUAGGUUGAAACAAUUUUUAACUGAAUUUCAUUUUGACCUGCAAAGUGACCCGUGAUCUUGACCCCUACAAAUCAAACCAUUUACUUGGGUUCAAACUAGAAAAGAAAUGGAAAGGAACAACAGUCCAUUUCCUGUUAUUUGUGUCCCAACAGAAACCUGACAGAGAGUGCUGCAGUAUUUCACCAAAUUAGCUUACAAUGUACAGUGUACAAUGUACGUGAUCAGUGUUCUGCAGAUUAAUCACGUAGAUUCAUUGUCAGAGAGAACAAUAGAUCGUUUUCCCUGUCACGCAACAAAAAAUUAAAUUGGAAACCGUCCAGUGGAAGAAGCCAAGAAAAUGACAUGCUGUAAAAGACUAAUAUUAUUAUAUAAACAAUUUAUCCAAGUCUCAGGUCUUUGUGGCCCACAGUUUCUGAGUUAUUUGCCGAAACGUUUCACGCGCCUUUGUUGAGCUUUGUAUGGGGACGCCAUAUUGGUGCACCAAUAUGGCCGCCGGAAAUCAACAAAAAUAUCUGGAGUUCACUUUUUCUAUAAAAGCUCUUUCUUUUCACUCGAGAACUAGCAUACGUACGCAUAGACAUAUCUUCUAAUACUUGAAGUGGUUAUACUGCUGAAAAUCAAGAGGAGAGACUUUUUUCAAUGAGACAGCAUUCCUAUUUUGGUGUCAUGCACUGUGAAAACUCUGAAGUUCAAAUUGCUGUAUUUUCGAAAUGAAACAUGCUACAUAAAUGGAAACAUGUACAAAGAUAUACUUUUUGUUUAUCUUCAACCUGGUGUAAAUACGAAUUCGUAAAACCUUGCUAUUUUGACUUUACAAUUUGAUAACGUCACAGUGAAAACCAUCUAUAAAUGUGGAUCAAAAGGCCCUAAAAAUCAGGCAUCAGUUUCCUUCAUACAUGUUUAAAUGGUUUAAUGUUGAGGGUAGCCCUGCUAUGGACUGGCUUUAUGUCCAGGGGCUAAUUGAAAAAUUCCUAGUUGCUUCAUGCUGUAGAACCAGGUUAAGUUCCACCGUGCAGAUGAGCCACUUGGCUUAAAUGAAUAAUUAGCAUUUACAAACUUAAAUAUUGUAGACCUGAGUAGUCAAUAUAUUUCUGAGCCCUGUAACAUAUACACACAUAAAUGUUCAUGUAGUAAUGGUCCACAUUGUCGUACAUAUACAUCAUAUGAUUAUUAUAAUAUUCCUACCAGAAACUCACUGGCUCCAAAACAAUGGGGUCUUUUGUUUUGGUGGAAUGACAUUAUAGAAAUGGAAUAUUGAUCCCAUAAAAGGGGCAGUUUCUGUAGGAAAAGAUAAGCUGAAGUUUAACAGUUAUUGAGGUUGAAAGGAAACUUGUGUCUGAGUCAUGCUUUGAAUGUGAUAAUUUUGUUUUCCUCAUUUGUUAGUAUGAUGCAACUUUCCCUCUUUUAGAACAUUUGCAAGAAGAAAAUUAAAGUAAGCAGUGAGGUACACUGUAGAACACCAGGUUAGAACUCAGAUUUGGAAUUUUUAUUAAAUCAUUUGUGUUUCUUUAUCAUUUAGUUAGUUGCUGGACAGAAGUUCUGUGUUGUUAGUGAGAUUGGUGUUUCCCGCAGCUGUCGCAAUGAUGAUUCUCACAAGUCAGCUUCAUUAGAUAAAUGUCCUGUUGAUACUCUUGAGGUAUUGUACUUGUUUUUAUUAUUAUACCGUAAAAUUCAGAAAACAAGCCCCUGGGCUUAUAUUUUUCAAAGGCCCCUUUUGAGGGGCUUAUUUUUGGAGGGGCUUAUAUUCGGAGGGGCUUAUUAUUGGAAUUUUACGAUAUUAUAAUUUACCAGAGAGCCCACUUCACCAGAGGGUGCUCUUCAGUGGAGCUCAGCCUGCAUAAUAUACACUGUGCCUAGAAAAACUAAGUAUAGAACACUAACUACAAUGUGCAGUUCCAGAAAAUAUCCAUACUCCCCCCACAGAAGGGAUUGGAAAUUCCUGGGGGUUGGGGGGUUCUCAAAGGUCCAAAAAAUUUAAGUAAAUGUAUGAAGCUUGACUGGAAUUUCCAGGAGAGGCGGGGGAGUCUAAGGAAAAUCCCUUUCGUGGGGGAGGUAUGGAUAAUUUUUGGAACCACACAAUUAAGUAGAACAUAAAUGAUGUAAUGUUUCCAUUUCGUUCUAUUAAUUUGGUUCAUAAUUGCAACAUACAUAAGAGUACCAACGUGCAUGAUUGUACAUUAUGGUAACAUUGUUUGGAUUUGUUUAUGCUUGUCAUUUAAAGCUAUAAAAUGAUGUGACAUUUUUCAGCUUAAAACAUUAUGAAUCUGUUAACUUGUUCUUAACUAAAAUAAUCAAGGGGUCCUGUGCUCUACAAAAAGUUGUAUGGAGUCUUUUGGAAACCUAAUAAUAAUAUUAUAAAAUGGUCCCCAGAAAAAAAAAGACAAGAAAAAGACACUGUGCAAUAUUACUUGAGGUCUUCAAAAGUGCUGAUCAAAAUUCUUAUUUUAGGGCAUUGUGUGCUACAAGAAUCACAUCUGAUCCUGUGCUAUAGUAAUUGUAUAAUGUGCAACUUGAUUCGCGUCUCACAAGAGGGUGAUAAACUUACUUUUGAGCAGUACUGUUUGUGAAAUGUUUAUUUCAUCACCCCUGAAAAGCCUCUUAUGGGAGAGCACAGCUUAAAUUUGUUGGCUUGUUGAGGACCUACAGUGUGCAAGGUGUAAUAAUUAUGCAUUUAAAUUGUACUGUACAUAUGCCAUAAUCAAAGCUGUCUUUCAAGUGACUGACAGCUUCUGUUUUUUCUCUCUACAGAUGCACUGUAAGUUUACUAUUUACAAUGUUCCCUGGGAAAAGAGAAAAGAGCUGUUGAACCAUGAAUGUGUGGGCUUAAAGGAGGAACGGAUGCUCUCUUGUGAGCGAAGCGAGCCUGCUGUUAAGACCUCAGAACCUGCAGAUGAGGAUAAUUUUGUGACUGAGUAUGCUGAAGAGGUACAGUUAUGACUGACAUGUAACUGAGUCAGCCUAUUCUAGCAUGUGUUAUAUAAAGUUCAGUUUUAUCCUCGCUGUAAAUUAGAUUUAUUUUUCUUUAUUCUGGGCUAUGGUUAUGUAUAAUAAUAAAUUAUUUUAUAAUAAAAGGAUACUGAAUUUAAACUGGGACAAAAUUUAACCACAACACCUGCAUUUAGCUUUUGAUAUCAUUGAUUUGAGGUUUUUACCAAUAAACUGAACUAGCGUGCAUGUACUUGUUUGUAAUGAAUAUGCAACUCUAUACUCUAGGAUUGCAGCCUACAGCACUGUAUGUGUCGGACAGUUCAUUUUUAGUGGUACUUCAUAAUAAAUUAUUGUUAUGACUUUUGCAUACUCAGGAAAAACCAGUUAAAGGUGUUGACCCUGAGGAAGAGACUUUUCGACAGUUUGUGAUCCGUCACAAGAAGCCUUACUUAAAUGACAAAAAUGGUGAGUUUUUAAAAACCAGUUCUUGUGACGUUGUGUUCUUGUCUUGUGGGUAAAAUGUUAUUGGAGGUAUAGAAGCUAAGUGUUCAACAUCUUGAACUUUACUAAACUAGAUCUGUUAGUCUGGGUUCAAGCACUGCAAGCAAACCUUGCUCCUCUUUGAUAUUCUGCUGCAGCAUGCAUGCAGUGCUUUUAGGUUCCUCCGACAUACAUGUGUACUUUUGAGGCAAGGUUUAACUCCAGUCAUGUGAGCCCCGUAGCUUGUAGUGUGCACUUGUACAAUGUGUAAGGCAGGGUUUUCGCGCUGAAGGGUAAACAGGGUAAAUUUCACUCAACUUACAUGAUUAAAUUUAACUGUUCAUUAUUUUUAUUUCUAUUUAUUCUUUUAACAGAGUAUAUGAAGCGCUUGGCAAUUUAUAAAGAAAAUAUGGUCAAAGCUAAAAAGAUACAGGAUAUGGAUCAAGGAUCAGCUAAAUAUGGAGAGACAGUUUUCAGUGACUUAUCAGGUUGUUGUUUUUCAUUUUACAUACUAACAAUAAGUUGUAAAUAAUAUAUAAUUACAUACUCAAUUCUGAUUAAUAAUUAUUUUAAUUUUGUAUCUGAACAUGAACAGUGGAACCCUGUUGAUGAGACCACCAGUGGAUCUAUAAUCCUGUUAGUAUUAACAAGGUGUUCAUUUUAAUGGGGUCUUCAAAGCAAUACUAGUAAUUAGAACCAAAGGUAAUGGAAUGCGGUCGACAAUGAUUAAAAGUCAAAACGCCCUUGUUCCAUGACACUAUGCUUUGAGUAAGUUUGACGCCAUAGAUGGUCUAUACACAGUUUGUAUAUACCAGUACACACUCAAUGCGUGUGAACCCACAGGUUGCCAGCAUGGUCUAUAGUUGAUUAUGUCUCAUUGUUGGUUGGAAUUUUUAUUGCUUUUAGGCUUGAAAGCAGUAAUAAUAAAUAAUAGUGAUCAACAAUGAGUAAAUGCAAAGUUCAUACAUACACUGUACAAUGUAUCAUUGCAAAUGAAUGCACCCUAAUACUGUCCCUGGAAUAAACAACUUGUUGUUCUUUUUCACAGAGGAGGAAUUCAAGAAAUAUUACCGAAUGCCUGGAUGGGGAAAACCACUCUAUGAAAUGAAAGAAGAUAAAAUUCCAGAAGGAGCUAUUCCAAAUGCUUUUGACUGGCGUGAUAAAGGUGCUCUGUCCUGUCUUAAAUUAUCUUGUUGAACUUUGCAAUGUACUGUACAGUAGCUAGCUUGUGCAUUUUCUAUUUAGUUAAAUUUUUUUUUAAUUUACAAACAAAGAAAUUGGAAUUGGUUGAGGAAAUCAUUUAUUCUUUUUUAACACAUAUUCUUGAUUCAAAAUAUAAUACUUAAGUGACUGAGCAGUGUAAUAUAAUAAUUAUUAAGUCAGGAUUAUUUUGUUUAUUUUCCAGGUGCUGUGACUGCUGUUAAGAACCAGGUGAGUAAAUCAAAUCUACAUGUAGAUGAUUUACUUCAAACCAAUUCACCAUGUUUAGACAUUGUAAUAAUAACACAUUAACAAAUCUUUGAACACCUAAACAAAUCUUUGAACUUGAUAUUCCUGUUUAUUAGGGUAUGUGUGGUUCAUGUUGGGCUUUUUCAACAACUGGAAAUAUAGAGGGACAGUGGAAAAUCAAAAAAGGCAAAUUGGUAUCACUCAGUGAACAAGGUACAUAAUGUAUUAUAGUGUGCAAGUUAUUAGUGAAAAAUUUUCUUUUUUUACUCUAUCUUGAAAAGCUAAUUCUCUCUUUUAUUGUGGAAAUUUCUUAGAUUUACUUCAUAGUAAAUACAUGUAUAUUUUUUUUCAGGGUGCAAAGAAAAUCAUUUUUACAGCUUGCCAUUCGGGCAUUCAAAUUCCUCAAAAAACAUUACUUGCCCGUUGGGCAAAUUAAAAACAGAAUUCACUAGCCUGACAGCAAAAUCCACUAGCCCCCGGCUAUGGGACACUACUUUCUUUGCAUGCUGUUUAUAUUCCUUCGUUUUUUCAUACUUUAGGUUAACCGUCAGUCUUUACUUUUUUUCAGAGCUUGUUGACUGUGAUAAAGUUGACCAGGGCUGUAAUGGUGGACUUCCUUCCACUGCUUACAAGCAAAUCGUGAAACUUGGUAAUUCUAUGAACUGUAUGAAUACGUACUGACUUUCAAAUGGAAAUUGACUUUCAGCAACUGCUGGGUAUAGGUGCUCUACAAGGGUUUCUUACACUGGAGCUUAUCCGGUUUCUUUAGCAUGAUGCACCUUGGAACUAAAACUUAUUUUCUACUUCUAUCUAGAAAGAAUGCGUUAUAACAUUUGGCUUUUGUAGACUUAAAAAUAUCCUUAUUUCGUGAAGACAAAAACUAAUUAAUAAUUAUCAUUUCACAGAUAGUGUUAACUGCUCUAAUAAAUGUAACCACUGUUCAUUAUAAUUCAGGUGGUCUUGAGGCAGAAAGUGAGUACCCUUACGAGGGAGCUGAUGAGAAAUGCAAGUUUAAGAAGUCCGAAGCUGUGGUGUAUAUCAACUCAUCAGUCGCAAUAUCCAAAGAUGAAAACAGUAAGUAACAUUUACAGUGAAAUGAUGUUUUGAUUUCUUUCCAUCCAUGUAUCCUCAUAUUUUCAGUUUUUACUAUUAAGUUCUUUGAAUGUAAAUUAUAAAAUAUGUAUUAUUGUAGAAGUGUCAACUCUUUGAUCAUGGUUCCUAUUGAGCUGGUAAGCUUAUUAGUUUGCCACACGUAAAAUAAUUCUAACAUGGGCUUGAAAACCUAGUGACAAGGAACCCACUGCGGGGCAUUUAAAUAACAGCGUGAAGGGAGCCCAGCAUAAUUAUGAUUUGUAUGAAAGAACUAAGAUUUUCUAGUUGCCCUAGAGCAAAAGUUGGGUGCUGGGGACCACUGAGCCCUGCAAGUAAAUCAAUCAUGAACUGUAUACAGUGCAGCCAUAAUGGAAGGGUUUGACCAUGUGCAAUAAAAUUGAACACAACAAUUAAUAAAUAAUGAUGUAAAAUUUUAUUGCACCUGGUCAGUCAAAUAGGCCUUUUGUAAUCAAGUUGGUCAUGUAAUCAAAAUAAUUCAGUUUUGGAAAAUUUUGUUCGUAGAAAUUGAAAGAGCAUAAAUUAAGAUUAAGCAACCUGGGACGGGUUGUUCAAAGCUGGGUUAAGAUAACCCGGGGUUAGUGCGAAGUUUAAAUUCAGAUUUGAAAGCUUAAAAAGUAAAUUCAGUUUAAUUCUUUCUCUCAGCAAGUUGAUGAUUGGAUGCUCUUAAAAAUAACGGAGAAAAUUAUCCGAGAAAAUGCUUUUGAAUAAAAGAAAAAGAAACCCGGGUUAAAUUUAACCCUGGGUUAAGCGCUAAUCGGCCUUUGAACAACUGGGCCCUGUAAAUUUUCAGCUGUAUAUCGAAAAAGUAGCGAUUGCAAUGGCUGCUGAAAGUUGGAAGGAUUUGUAUGA